AUAUGUUAAACAACGAACGAAAAAUGGCGAAGAAAUACUCGAAAUUUCUCGAUCCCACUCUCGAAGUAAAAACGUUUCGAUGGCCCUACUGGCUUCUGCCUUUGUUGUUUGUGUCUUUGUUGCUGGUUCUUGGGCUUUUUAUCUUCAUAACGAUCCAUUCAACCGAUAGUUUUGGAUGCUUCUUUCAUUGCGAGGACCAGAGAAGACUCAACGAUGCCGUCAUUGCUCCUGAUGUGGAUCACUUAAAUGCUGAAAACGCCACAGAAAUACCCMUCAAACAUGUCAGAGGCGAAGAUAAAACAACCGAGAAUCCUYCAAAGCCUGUUGCACAGCGAAAGAAAGCAAAGAAAAUAGAGAAAGUCGAGAUGACAUUGAAAGGAAGGAUCCUGUUCCCUCAAGGUAACAUUCCUAAGGCUUUUCCACCGAACUCGCAUUUGAAGGUCGAUUUUGAGGAUUCUAGUAUUAUGGACUCUUCAUCGCAYAUCAUAGCCUCACUGAAAAUGGAAUUGACUAAAAACCAGAACGUCACUGGUUUGAGAUAUGAAUUCAAGUGCCCUAAGCCUCCAGUACAUGGUAUGUACAGUGUAAGCGCUGUACUGAAUAUGGGAUGGAAACCGAGCGAAAAUGAUUGGAUCCRUAAGAAYGACUAUCACACGGACACUUUCUUCAUGGURCAACUUACUGAUAAAGAGAACAAAUACGAACAAGACAUCCAACUUGCCUACUACAAUUAUUAAAAGACUUCAAGAAAGACGACAUACAUACAAUGCCUAAUAAUUGUACAUAACUGGAGAAAUUGAAUAUGAUCAAUAACUAUAUCAAUCUAAGAGUUUGUAGUUGAUACACUUUUAAAAAGAUUCAUGAUUCCUAUAUACAUCCUUCAUCAGUUGAAAAGCUUGAUUUGUUUUAAUAUCUGUGACAUAAUGGUUUACGCUAUUGACAUAAAGGUGUAUCAGCACGGCUGCAACGUAUAAUGAAAGCAUAAUGGAAAUAGUUUUYAUUUCUUUUGUGUUUUAAUGUUCACAAAGAAAUAAUAAUUACAYUUUAAGGUAUAUAGUAAGGUUGUAAUGCUUUCUUAUCUUGUCAUGAGCCCGGCCUAAAUGUACACUCUUUAUUCAAUUGUAAAAAAUGUUAAGGAAUCUGGGUUAUAGAGAACACGUACCAGUGAUAUAAACAGAACAUUGUAACUCAUAGAACAGAAAGGGGAACAUAGAAUAGUGUUAAACAGAAUUAUAUUUAAGGGUAUAAUUUUAGAAUAAUGGGCAAUUAUUUAUAGAAUGUGGAAUAAACUUGUUUGCAGAAACAUUGACUUGAAAUAAAGACAUAUAAUUCAAAAAAGAAAAUUUUAUUACAAAAUGUUCUUUUUUCAGUAUAUGCAUAUCAUUAUUAUAGUCAAUGUUUUUAUGAGUGUAUGUUAAUUUCUAUUAUUUGGUAGGAUUUCUCAUUACAAAGUUGUAUCCACAUGAGUUUUAACAAUAAAAUCGUUUUAAUUAUGUCA